UGCCUCCGUGGACAAUGAGCCGCACAGCAACAAGUCCAGCCUGAGUGCUUUACCUCUAACAGACUUUCUGGACACCCAGCCAAUCUAAUACAACACACCGACCAAAAUGUCUGCUUCUCGCUUCGUCAUUUUCACCGCAGUGGUGGUGCUUCUGUGCGCAGUUAGCCUCAGUGAAGGUUUACGUAUUGGACCACAAAAGUGCUGUUUUACCUUUUCAACCCGUCCUGUGCCAAUCAAAAGAGUGGUUGAGUACAGCAUGACAAGCCAGCAGUGCCCCAAAGAAGCCGUGCUGUUCAAGACUGUGAAGGGUCAUUACGUGUGUGCCAACCCCACUGACUCAUGGGUAAAGGAGAACAUCAAGAUCAUUGACAGCAGGAACGUCGGAAGCCAAGAGACCUUGUAAUCAUGUUGACCUGCGUCCUCCAACUUCUGAACCAUUUUGGAAGCACUGGACAAGUGUGGAGUCCGAGCAAAACUGAA